AUGGGCACCCGCGACGACGAGUACGAUUAUCUCUUCAAAGUUGUGUUGAUUGGAGACUCUGGAGUUGGGAAGAGUAAUCUCCUGUCACGUUUCACACGCAAUGAGUUCAACCUGGAGAGUAAGAGCACCAUUGGGGUGGAGUUUGCCACCAGAAGCAUCCAGGUGGAUGGGAAGACGAUAAAGGCCCAGAUCUGGGACACUGCAGGCCAGGAGCGGUACAGAGCCAUCACCUCCGCGUACUACCGUGGUGCUGUUGGGGCUCUGCUGGUCUAUGACAUUGCCAAGCACCUCACCUACGAGAACGUGGAGCGCUGGCUGAAGGAGCUGCGGGACCAUGCCGACAACAACAUCGUCAUCAUGCUGGUGGGCAACAAGAGCGACCUGCGCCACCUGCGCGCCGUGCCCACCGACGAGGCUCGGGCAUUCGCAGAAAAAAAUAACUUAUCUUUUAUUGAAACUUCUGCUCUGGAUUCAACAAACGUAGAAGAAGCCUUCAAGAACAUCCUUACAGAGAUCUACCGCAUCGUCUCGCAGAAGCAGAUCGCCGACCGCUCGGCGCACGACGAGUCCCCGGGCAACAACGUGGUGGACAUCAGCGUGCCCCCGACCACCGACGGACAGAAAUCCAACAAACUCCAGUGCUGUCAGAACCUGUGA